AACCCCCCCUUCCCUCGCCACGACCUCCCCGAAAUUACCUCCCCCACCACCUCUCUAUCCCUCUUUCUCCUGGUCCGCACCCCAGCCCGCAAGCCACCUCUCUAUCUCCACCACCCACCACCCCCCACUCCAAAUCCCUCGCCCCCUGGAGAGGGAUUUGGAACUGGUGCAGCAGUCUACGGCGGUGUUGAUAUGCGUGGGGGACCGGACGCUGGUACUACAGCACCUGUCGAUCCCUGCGAUCGAGAACCUAGCGAGGGCGCGCGACGGGUUCGACACGCUGGACCUAUCCGACAACAUGAUCACGACGGUGGAGGACACGUUCUCGCCGUUCCCACGUGUAACGACGAUGCCCCUGGGCGGUAA